AUGCACUCCAGGACCGUGCGAAGUUGCGAAAUUCACCAGCUUCGUUUCAUGGCAGAUGGACUUCGCUCGGUGAUCCGGUCGUUCAAGUACGAGGAGUCGAACCAACGCAACAAGGUCACCAAGCCUGCAGCCUCCAAAAGAUCAAAAAUCACAAAAUCGUCACCUUAUGAUGGAAUGAAAGAUCUUCCACCGUCGCUUGCUGACGACUUGGAAGUUCUAUUUGUAGGCUACAAUCCGGGCGUAGAAUCUUCAGCCCAACAGCAUCAUUAUGCCCAUUUCACAAAUCUUUUUUGGAAACUUUUCAACGAUUCAAAGCUUUUUUUGGCGGUUUUAGGUUUGGAAGUUGAAAAGGUUAAAAUUGAAGAUGAGUUGUUCGGACAACUUAUCGAGAAAAAAGAGGGUACUUACAUCACGAAGAUUAAAGCAGCGCAAGACUACGAGCUAGCAAAAUACAAAAUAGGGUUUACUGACUUGGUUCUUCGAUGUACCAAAGCAGCAAGUGAAUUAACCAUGACUGAAAAAUUGCAAAAUGUCCCACGAUUAAUAGACGAAUUCAACAAAACAAAGGCUAAAAGAGUGGUUUUCAUAGGUAAGGGAAUUUGGGAAAUUGUGGUCAAAUAUUUGAGCAAUCAGACGGGAAAUAAUGUCAAAUUGAAUAAGUUGAAUUUCAAAUGGGGACUCCAACAAGACAGCGAAUACAGCGAUUACAAUCGAAUAUUACAACAAUUUCACAAGUUGGUCCCUGGAACAAAGUUAUACGUAUUUCCCAAUACCUCGGGGUUGGUGGCUAGUAUGAAGUACCCUGAAAAGUUGCAGUUGUGGAUGAAAUUGGUGAGUGACAUAGAUAAAGAACUACUCAAUGACAAAAGAACUGAAGAAACUAACUCAAUGACUGAAUGA